CAAGAUGCCACCACUCUUUAUCGUUCUUUUCGAUGAUGGUGACCAUGCAGAUCUCUUUGAUAUUGAUGAUGACGAUCUGGAAGACAUUAACAACGAAAGUCUUUUAAUUCCCGACACUGAUCCCGAUGCUGAUCUCGACGCUGAUCUUGAAACUGAUCUUGAAACUGAAUCUGCUAUGCUGCCCAAUUCUCUCAUUCCUUCUCCCCUUAUUGACUACCAUUGCUUUACUAAAAAGCAGGCACUUGACUAUAUCGAUGAGUCUACUGCGCAGUAUGGGUAUGCUUUGGCUACCAAAUCUUCAAAACGCGAUGCAAAUACAAUGGAGAUUUCCGUCCAUUACCCACGCCGUGAUUUUGGUGGCACCUUUCGCGAAAGUAUUGAUGAAUCCGCCCGUAAACAAGAAAAAAUUCAACAAGACUUGUCGACUGCCCAUUUCAAGCGGGGCUCCUUAGGUUACCGAAUAUGAAUUGAAUUGAAUUGAAUUGAAUCGCAAAAAAACGGAUAGUUCGAAGAAGGGUACGAUGAGACGAAGGACGGAUCACGGACGAGAGAGAAUUCUGAAUUGAGCGAAG